AUGAACAACAAAGAGGAACAGCAACCAGCUCAUAAUGUGGUGUCCACGGCAGUUCUUCUGGUAUCUGCGGUAUUUUUAAGCGGAGGUUUCUAUCAUGGGAUGACGAAACAGACGAAAGCGCUAGAAAAGGAAGAGAAAAAAAACAUGUCAGUGUUGAAAAGAGAGAGCAUAAAAUCUAUCGAUGCUUUAGCUUUGGAUCAUAAAUUUAAGUUAAAGAAGCCACAAGCACCUAGUAUAGCGGCUUGGAAGGCUUUACUGGGCGUGACACUUGUCUCGGUCACAGGUUGCGGGGUCCUAAUAGGCGGAGCUGCUAUUGCUAUUGGAGUUACUGAUAUGACGGAAUUCCAAAAGCGAUUUCAACGAUUUCCGAGGAAAGAUAAACAAAUGCAGCUUGUGGUCGACAAAGUGGAUGAUGUCAGGACGAAUCAAAUCGACAUUAUCGAGCAUCACCUGCAUCAGAAGGAAGCAGAGACAGCAAAGACUAAAAAUGCAAGAUCUGCCGAUACGUAG